CGUGCCAGGCCGGAGGGAUCGUGUGGGACCGUGUAAAUUGAAUCUGGUGGCCGAGGAGUUGUGUUUACGCUCGGUGAUAACGUGGAUGCGGCCGGUGAUCAUCGGGUAGGUGCGAAAUGGAAAUCGACGGCGGUUCGAGCGCCUCGAACGAUUCGAACAACGGGAGCUAUCACAGCAUUAAUUCCGGCGUGAACUAUUACUCCGACAAUUUAUUUUUCGCCACCAACGGUAAAUUGGACAAUUAUUUUGCCAGUGAUAAAUUAGUGAAAAGGGACAACAAAAAGGUGGAUUAUUACAACAAAAAGGACGAUUAUUGCAUGAACAACAAGGUGCGGAAUGAUUUGGGCAAGAGGCCGCUGAUGUUUCAAGAUGGUUACGGGAAAAAAUGUGACGACACUUUGGAUGUGCGUAAAAAUCAAAUGGACUAUUAUAAUAAGAAGAACUUAGACAACAACAUUCACCUUCACAACAUAGAGAGCUUUGGGAAGAAGUCUGUCAGUUUUUCUCCUGAUCAAGUUCAAUGCAUGUGUGAGGCCCUGUACCAAAGAGGCGACGUGGAGCGUCUGGCCACCUUCUUAUGGUCGCUUCCGCCGUCGGAACUUCUGCGCGGCAACGAGAGCAUACUGAGGGCCAGGGCGGCGGUAGCCUUCCACAGGGCAUCCUACCACGAGCUCUACUCAAUACUGGAAUCGCACUCGUUCCAUCCGCGUUGGCACGGCGAACUCCAAACCCUGUGGUUCAAGGCGCAUUACAAGGAGGCCGAAAAAGUUCGAGGACGUCCCCUGGGCGCCGUCGACAAAUAUCGUUUGCGCAAGAAGUAUCCGUUGCCGAAGACGAUUUGGGACGGGGAGGAGACGGUGUAUUGCUUCAAGGAGCGCAGCAGGAACGCCCUAAAGGAGUGCUACUCGCGGAACAGGUAUCCCACCCCGGACGAGAAACGGGCGUUAGCGAAACGGACGGGGCUGACGCUCACGCAGGUCUCCAACUGGUUCAAGAACAGGCGGCAAAGGGAUCGGACACCGCAGUCUAGACCGGAGUUAUUGAUUGGCAACAUGUCACUGGGCCAAAACAACAUGAUGUCGGGCCACCAAGGAGGAUUGGACAUGGCAGCAUUUCAAGCUGCUUCCAAAUUAUUCGAUUCAAAUUGUGCAGUAUCAGCUUGUUAUCCCGACUAUCAAGUACCAUAA